AUGGAUAGAGGAAUCCCAACUAGAUUAGCUCCCACGAUAACUAGUAAUUUAAAUGAUACCAUGGAUGAAGCUGCAAAACAUUUGGCAAAAAUUGGAACAGAUAAAGGCGAAGCAUUACAACAUUUGGUGAAUUUAAUGAAAGAGCAAGGUGAUGCUCCUUUGGCCCAAAUUCAGGGAUAUCAACAGAGUUACAACGAUGGCGCGCGAAGGAUAGAAAAUGCAUCUUCUUUGACAAAUGAAAAAGUUGAUAAAGGUAUCUACGAAUCUGUAAGAGGAAAGUUAACUAAUCUAACGGAAAAUAAACCAGCCCCUGAACACAUGAAAGAGAUGCCAGCUAUUAUCGAUGAAAGCGCAAAGUUUUUGGCUGCUCCAUUUCCAGAGAGUGAAGCUGAAAAAAGGCGUGUUUUAGCUGAUCUUAUGGCAAGAAAAGGAGAUGAAAUAAUAGGACAGGAGGGUAUUUAUAAAGUAACAUAUAAAGAAGGAGGAGACGAGAUAAUGAACGCUCCUGUGGGAAUUGAUAAAUCGCAAGACGAAAAUUCUAAAAAACAGUUACUUGAAAAAAUGAACUCAGUGAUACCAGAUAAUAAGUUGAAAAACUUACUUAAAGAACCAGUAAAUGAAGGCGCAACCCAUUUAAGUAACAUAAUUAAAGGAAGAGGGGAGGCAAUGCAAGUUAUACACGAUGAAAUGAAGAAAGGAAACGAUAAAAGUUUUUUAAAAGUUGGAAAAUUUUCAAAGACCUACGGUGAAUCUGCAGACAUGUUAUCAAGUGCACCUCAUUUUGGUGAUCAAAAUCCGUCACCAGUUUUAGUUGAAAAAGUGGACAAAAAGAUUAAACAACUUCCUACUGACAAACUAUCAGAAACGGCCAAACCUUACAUUGCGGAUGUUUCCGACAUUGCUACUAAUUAUAUAGCUGGGGUGGCAACGAAAGAAUGUGGACUAAACGCAAAAGCACUUGCAGCAUUGGGCGAAACAGACGAGAUUGAUAGCAAAGCUAAUAUUACUGAUGACGUACCAGUAUCAACUAGUUCUCCUACUGCUUAUACGAGUACAGAACCUUUGAAUAUAGAUGACGAUGAAAGAAUAAGGAGAACAAGGAGAAAACGAGAAGCAUUAGAAGAGGAAAGACUUCGUGCUGUAUCAGACGUCGACCCAGAACGCGAACAGGCUUUGCACAUACUCCACAGCAAGUUGCGUUCGCGUGGAGGAGAAAUACUCUAUAAGCAACCUCAAACUGAACUGACCCAUGGACAGGCCUCACAAUGGCUAUCAAUGAAAUCACCUAUGAAAGUGGACAAAUGCGUUAAAGAAUCUGCAGACACGGCACGUCUUCAUAAAAAGUUUGAACGCAAACUUAGCAAUCUAGUUGCAAACGCUACGCCUGUAGAUAUGUUUGAUGCAAUGCAAGAUGUCAUAAUUGAAUCUUCAAGAAUCCUAUCGGAGUACUUCGUAUCUCAGAACUUUUAA